AUGGCUCCCGAAAACGCAGCACGCAAGCGGAAAACUCCGGUCAAGGAGGUGGAGGAGUCGGACAGCGAGAUCCCGGAUGACUUGCUUGAUGGGGCAUUGUCACAAAGCGAAGAUGACUCGGAAGACUUCAGCAGCGACGGAGACUUCGACGAGGAAGAUCAAGAAGGGUCGGGCGACGAAGAUGAUGAACCCUUACACAGCGACGAUGCCUCCUUUGACUCGGAGCCUGAGGAGCUUGAGGACGGUCUCGAGAAGCUGGCUGCGGAUCUUGGGAAACCUGCCGACGAGCAGCUAGACGACCAAGACCGACCAAACUACCGAGUGACCACGGAUGCCAACGGCGGCGUGCGGUACAUAUACGACGAGAUAGACCCCGUGUACGACUCGGAUGAUACCGACGCCAACGAGCCAGUCAACACGAUUGGAAACAUCCCUCUGUCCUUUUACGAUUCGUACCCGCACAUUGGUUAUGACAUCAACGGCAAGAAGAUCAUGCGGCCGGCCACGGGCGACGCUCUCGAUGCCCUUCUCGACAGCAUAGAGGUGCCUAAGGGUUGGACUGGCCUCACAGACCCUUCGACCGGCAAGCCUCUCAACCUCAGCCAGGACGAGUUAGAGCUCCUCAAGCGCGUCCAGAUGAAUGAGCUGCCAGAGGACGGUUACGAUCCUUAUCCGGAUACCGUGGAAUACUUUACCGGUAUUGAGGAAAAGAUGCCUCUGAGUGCUGCACCCGAGCCCAAGCGUCGUUUCUUGCCCUCCAAGCACGAAGCCAAGAGGGUCAUGAAGCUGGUGCGAGCCAUCCGGGAGGGAAGGAUCCUGCCCUACAAGCCUCCCGAGGAGCGAGAGAAGGAGGAGGAAGAGGAAGAGCAUCACUAUGACCUGUGGCAGGAUGAGCAGCCGCAAGAACCUCAUGUGAUGCAUAUCCCAGCUCCCAAACUUCCUCCUCCGGGCUACGACAUGAGCUACAACCCUCCGCCCGAGUACCUCCCGACGAAGGAUGAGAAGGAAGCCUGGGAGAAUAUCGACCCCGAGGAGCGCGAGAAAGAGUAUCUGCCAAGCAAGCACGACGCCUUGCGCAAGGUUCCGGCCUACGACACCUUUGUGAAGGAGCGCUUUGAGCGAUGCUUAGAUCUGUAUCUGGCGCCCAGAAUUCGAAAGAACAGGCUCAACAUCGACCCGAACUCGCUCCUCCCCAAAUUACCCCGCCCCGAAGAGCUCAAGCCGUUCCCAACGGUCUGCCAGACCAUUUUCCGCGGUCACGAAGGCCGCGUCCGGUCGUUGGCUAUUGAUCCUACUGGGUGCUGGUUGGCGACGGGUGGCGACGACGGUACGGUUCGCCUCUGGGAGCUCUUGACCGGACGCCAAGUCUGGAGCGUUACGCUCAGCAGUGAUGACGUCGUGGACUGUGUACGCUGGCGGCCCAACAAGGAUGCCUUUGUGCUUUCGGCCGCCGCCGGGGAAGACAUCUUCAUGAUGGUCCCGCCCGUUAUCAACCCGGAGCUAGAACAAGCUAGUCGGGACGUGCUCGCUGCCGGCUUCGGCUAUGCUGCCAACGGGAACCAGCAGCCCACCGACCUGAAGCAGCCUCCGGCCAAGUGGGCCAAGCCCGGCACCGCGCGUCUGGAGGACGAGGGUGUCAUUGUCAAGGUGACUGUCCGGUCGCCUGUCAAGGUCAUUAGCUGGCACAGGAGAGGCGACCACUUUUGCACCGUUUCGCCGUCGGGCGGCCGCACCUCGGUCGCCAUUCACACGCUUUCCAAGCAUCUUACACAGAUACCCUUCCGCAAACUGUCCGAUCACCCCCAGACUGCCCACUUCCACCCCUCCAGACCCCUGUUCUUUGUCGCCACCAAGGUCAAGAUUCGUUGCUACGACCUGCAGAAGCUAGAGCUCGUCAAAAUCAUCCAGCCAGGCGCCAAGUCCAUCUCGUCGUUUGACGUGCAUAACGGCGGUGACAACAUCAUCGUCGGUUCUCAUGACAGGAGGCUGCUCUGGCACGACCUCGACCUCUCUACCCGCCCAUUCAAGGUGAUGCGCUUCCAUCCCAAGGCCAUCCGGUCCGUCAAGUAUCACAAAGGCGGCCUGCCACUGUUUGCCGACGCCAGCGACGACGGUACCCUACAGAUCUUCCACGGCAAGGUCGUCAGCGACCUCAUGGAGAACCCCACCAUCGUGCCGCUCAAAAUGCUCAAGGGUCACAAGGUCGUCGACCAUCUCGGUGUAUUGGAUGUCGACUGGCACCCGAAGGAACCGUGGUGUGUCUCUGCCGGUGCCGAUGGGACCUGCAGGCUCUGGAUGUAA